AAACAAACCAUCACCAUCGUCUUCUUCUCCACCACACACACACACACACACACACACACGCUUUCGUUACUCAAUCAAUCUGUUGCAAAUGUCGAAGAGCAACGGAGCUCGCAGCUGUCUAGGCUCGAUGGACGACAUCCGCCGAGUCUUCCAGCGGUUCGACAAAAACGGCGACGGGAAAAUCUCCGUCGACGAGCUCAAGGAAGUGAUCCGCGCGCUCAGCCCCACCGCGUCGCCGGAGGAGACGGUGAAGAUGAUGAAACAGUUCGAUCUCGACGGGAACGGAUUCAUCGACAUGGACGAGUUCGUCUCUCUUUUCCAGAUCGGAGUGAACCAAGGCGGAGGAGGAGGAGGAAACAGCAAGAACGAUCUGAAGGAAGCGUUCGAGCUGUACGAUCUGGACGGGAACGGGCGGAUCUCGGCGAAGGAGCUUCACUCCGUGAUGAAGAAUCUGGGGGAGAAGUGCUCUGUUCAGGAUUGCAGGAAGAUGAUUAGCAAAGUUGAUACUGAUGGUGACGGUUGCGUUAACUUCGAGGAGUUUAAGCUGAUGAUGAACAACGGCGGCGCUUGAUGAUCGUCUUUUAGGGAUUGUGUUUGUAUAGAGGGAAUCUAGAAAGUUCUGUUAAUGUUCUCUGUUUAGUGACGGCGUUUUAUAUUUUAGACUCAUGAUGACACAAAACUUUAGUGAUUGCAAAUGUGUAACAACGUCGAUCAUUUUCACUUCUUCACUGUUAAGAUUGUUCUGAUGGGCCUUA